AAGGCCGAUUGCUCCGGCUUCACGCAGGUGCGUGAAUUUCUUUCACUGCAACGAAUACUGAAGGUACAAUUUCGGUUCGAGGUGGGCCUUGAAAAUUCCGAAUUUAAUAAGUUAAUAAUCAUGUUUACUAAUGUCUAAAACAAACGUUAUUAAAUUCACCUUUUUUCCUCGUGUGCUAAAAUACGAAUUGAAACAGGAAGUAUUUCCACUAACGCUGAACUUCCCUAUAUGAUUUUCAAUACUAUCAAUAGUGUUCCUUCCUUUAAUUUGACAAAUGACCAACAUUAAAACGAAUAUAUGAUAGUGAAAUAAAAAUGGAGGCUAGGGCGAAAGCCGCUUGGUCUAUGGAGAACUACACCAUUCAUGACGUGGUGUAUAAGAUGGGUCUCCCGCGCACGGUUCGUGUGACGGAGGGGGUCUACAGCCAAAACGAGCAGGAGAGCUUAUCCACGGGAGAUGUCGUACGUUUGGACGCUAUCAGUGAAAUCAAACGCAUAGUAACGCGAGCUAACUUAUUGGACGAAGAGGUCACAGACCUACAGAUUCCUCUUAAUUUCCAAGGUGAAGUUUAUGUCUACACUGGAAAAGAAACCGUGUACAAAUCAGUGCAGGAACUCAUUCAGCUUUUCCCGGGAUUUGUACAUGUGGACUCCCCGAUUAAGGCCGUGACACUGGAGAAUAACAAUGAGGAGGAAGUGGACCUGGGCUGGGGCGCCUGUCUUAAGCUGGAGCGGGUGGUCAGUGGACAGGGGUUACACUGUACUUAUGGGGAACGGAAAAUCUGCUUGCGUCCUUUUCAAAGAGGAAAAUUUUCUCGUAUCCCUAAAAACGAUAUAAUGCAACUUAAGGAUGUGAUAAGAAAUUUCUCGUUACCAGUAAAUGUAAGAUUCAUGGAUAAGCUUCCUGAACUAAAUGCAGUGUUAGACACAAAUAAAGUGAAUUGUUUUUCUCUGGAACGUGUGGAGUCGUUGGUAGCCAUUGUGGGAUCUAUUCUUAAUUCUGAUGGAUCUAGAGUAUCGGCAAACCAAUUGAUGAUAGCACUGACCCAGGCUACUGAUGUAGAAGUUCAAAUUAGUCUGACGGAAGAGAACAAGUCAAUGUUUAGCAGCCCCCAAAAUAGUCCUCUGACGUCCAAAAAACGACCACCACCCGUCCCGAAAAGAUCCAGCAGCAUACCUAGUUCUUUUGGAAAAAGUCUCCCACUACAGUCAAACCUUUAUCAGCAGGACACUUCUACAAUGGCAGAGAAGGCUAAAAUUGCUUCAGUGACACCUCAGCCUCCCAACAGGGGAUAUAAGACCAUGUUAACAAAUAUUUUAGGAACAAAACCACCUGUUCUUCCCCCGAGGAAAAUGUCAAAUCCGGAAAGUUUCACACAACCCAGAAGGGGCUCAGUCGACACGGGCUCCGAGAAUAGACUAUGUGCGGUGCCGCCCCUUCCGGCCCGUAACAGGUCCAGACCCCCUAGUGACGAUACACACGAUCUCACACUUACUGGAAAUAUAUUGUCGAGGUCUCCGGAUGUCGCCAAAAAACCCGAAACCGUGACUUUAAACAAAUUACCACCGAACAUCGGGAGGGAGCUCUUCAACAACUCCUCUAAAAGUGGCGACAGGAAUUCCAAAUCGAGCACUCCAACCAGACCGCUGUCCAAUACCUCCAGAGCAGACUCUAGUCAUGACUCGGAAAGUUCUGACGGGCCAAAUGAGGCAGAUUACAUAUCCAUGGAAGACGCAAAGGAAAUCAAAAAACAGAUGAAGCCGACCAUCCAUAAAACGCGACCGGUCCCACCGUCCCGUGAUCGAGGGAGUAACUCGUCACAGAAACUCGACCUACCGCUUACAAACUCAGACAAUCUUGUGUCAGCGUCCCAACAAGAUCAACUCUCUCGCGGCAGGUUAGUUUCACCCCGUUUGGAACAGCGUUCAGCAUUCACUUCUCCGAGGACUUCGAUUAAAAGAGGACUUAUACCAGAGCCUCCAGCUAUCGAGGAUACAGAAGUGGUGACUAGACGUCCAGUGUUUUCGCCAGCGGCAUCCCAGAAUCUUGACGAGUAUUACUCCAGCAUCCCAAAGACGUAUCGACAAAGCCUUGUUCUGGUUCACAAGGAGCUUGUAAGUCGACAGCAUGAGAGCCCCCAGAAACCGACAGGGGCUGUGUCCCCCAUCUCCCGACUCCCCUCCCCACCCGUACCGAACUUCUCCAAUCUGUCGGUGGCAGAAUUAGUCCACUGUUUCCGUGAAUGUCGCCUUAACGAACUAGCUGCUCUGUGUGAGAAGGAGGGGUUGGACGGGUGCUUUAUCGAUAAGCUGACGAACGCUGACCUCAGCCGGGAACCAUUCAACUUGACCGUCCUUCACCGAAUGAAGGUCGAGCAGAUCAAACAAGGAUGGAGACCAUUUUACAACUGAUUGAGCAAAAUAAGGAGAAAAACUUGUGUCCGAUUUUGGAUGUGUUAGGGUGUGUCAACGUGAAAUUUGAUAGAGAAUGGUGAAUUCGCUGUCUCUGAUAAGCGUUUGGAUUUUUUUUGUGAGUGACAGGAGAACUUUUUUCCGAUAGGAAGUUUUUGUAACCAAUGAAUAUUAGAUUCACUUUUUUCAAAGGAUCGAUUUGAAACGGAAGUUAUUCUAACGAAUGAAAUUAGAGAAAAUAUGAAUUUUGUUCCAAAAUGCCCUGCUUGCUUUCUGUCCAGAUGACACAGAGGUGUGCUGCCUAUAUGGUUCAUAUCAUUUUAUGAUCUCCAAAGAGCGAGCUGGUAAAGCUACAGAGCGUGGAAUGUGUUGGUUUACAAUGAUUAGCAUUCAAUGUAAAUUUCGUGCUGAAUAAAGAAAUGUGCGUAUAUUUAGAGGAAAUUUCAUUGACAAUUUUUUUCUUUGAAAUCUCGGAUGACCCAAUACCCAUGACUCACUGAAAGGUGGAACAUCCAGUAACGGUAACCCAGAGUUACGAUUCUAUCUUAAUUAAACAGUGAAAGUAAUGUCAAUUGGCCAUGCUCUAGAUUGCCAAAUCAAAUUGUCAUAACUUAAUUUCCGACUUUACUAUCAAGAGUCAAAUGUCUUAAUGUCGUUUCUCAAGUAACUAUCUUUCUGUAUUGCCACUAUUAUCGUAUGUCCAUUAUUUAAUGUCCAGUGUGAAAUGACUUACAGACUGUUUUGUCAUGUGACCAUAAUUUUACUGACAGGAAACAACUAACCGACUGUAUUGUCACAUGUUCAUCACCUUACCGAAUGUAUUGUCACGUGUCCAUUAACUUACCGACUGUAUUGUCACGUGUCCAUUAA